UUCACCAUCCUCCUCAUUAGCAGGUUCUUGGAGAGCACACUGCUCAACGCAGAAGUGAAGGAGGGAGAGAUUCUGCCUCCUACCAUUCAGAGACUGAUGAAAGGAUACAACAAGUACCUCAGGCCUUUCUUUGACAAUGGCCCUGUAACAGUGGGUAUGAGUUUGGACAUUGCCAGCAUAGACACCAUCUCAGAGAUCAACAUGGACUACACAGCCACCAUAUUCCUGCGCCAGCGCUGGACAGACGAGCGCUUGGUGUUUGAUGGCAACAAGAGCCUGAGUCUCGAUGGGCGGCUAGUGGAGCUGCUCUGGGUCCCCGACACCUUCAUCGUCGACUCCAAGAAGUCCUUCCUCCAUGACAUUACCGUGGAGAACCGGCUGAUCCGCAUCUUCCCCAACGGGACCGUCCUCUACGCAUUGAGGAUUACCACGACUGUGGCCUGCAAUAUGGAUCUCACCAAAUACCCCAUGGACAAGCAGACGUGCACACUACAACUGGAGAGCUGGGGCUACAACAUCAACGACGUCAUGUUCUACUGGACCAGAGGGAACGAGUCCGUCAGCGGCUUAGACUCACUGCGACUGGCUCAGUACACAGUGGAGGACCACUACACCUCCGUCUCAGAGGCCAUCUACGAGACGGGGCAUUACCCCAAGUUGGUCUUCCAUUUUGAGCUGAAGAGGAGCAUCCUGUACUUCAUCUUAGAGACGUACGUCCCCUCCAGCCUGUUGGUGGUCCUCUCGUGGGUCUCCUUCUGGAUUUCCCAGUCCUCUGUUCCGGCACGCAUUUGUAUCGGAGUGACCACAGUACUGACCAUGACCACUCUGAUGAUGGGAGCCCGGACAUCGCUGCCCAAUGCCAACUGCUUCAUCAAGGCCAUUGACGUUUACCUGGGGAUCUGCUUCAGCUUCAUCUUCGGGGCGCUGAUUGAGUAUGCCGUGGCCCACUUCUGCACCCUCACCUACACCGGCCCCAACAUGCUCGUGUAUGGCCACCAGAUGCACGACCUCGAAGACGAGAUGAACGGCAUCGUCACCACCAUCGCCAGCGACUCCAACAGGGUGAAGAGACGCAAGGAGACCGCCACAUCUCCUCCUCCCGCUCCCUCCUCCGCAGAACUAGCUGUAAGCCCCUCCAGCCCUUCAGGCAGCGAGCCUAAGCCCGAGGCGCCCCCCGAGGAGCCCCCCAACCGAUGCCUCACCGUCCUGUCCAUCCUCCGCAAGGUCUUGCACCGCUCCCUAACUUGCUGUCAUGUGGAGAACCCCCACUACAUAGACAACUACUCCAGAGUCACCUUCCCCCUCUCCUUCGUCAUGGUCAAUCUGCUCUACUGGACAUACUACCUGUACUUUUAGCACUCACUGGAGUACAGUGUGUGUCCCAGUGUGGAAGAGAAUUUGUAUGGAGGAAAGACGUGUGUGUUUUACUUCAUGUAUGUACAGUAAGCGUUAUUCGUGUAUGUUAUGAAACGAGUGAGUGCAGUUUCUACAUUGGGACUCAUCAGUGAAGUAGCAUAUGUCAUGCACAACCAUGUAGGGUUGUUUUUAAGAGGAAAUGGCGAUGCUUUUGAUUACAGCUCCAUUUUUAAGUAAUAACAUGUACUGUAAAUGAGUAGGGAAUUCUAUACAGCUGGUUCUGUUGUAACUAAUUGGCCUCGCUUUGACGGAUAAGUCUCGAUCAA